AUAACGGUCAAAAAGUAUUUGAAAUUCAGCCGGUUAAAAAACAAAAAGCAUUUUAAAAAUUUGUGAAAUUUAAUUAAAAGAUGGAUAAAUCGCUUCUAAACACAUCAACAACUGCUAUGAACAGGAGCUUCUCUUUGCAGGCAACGCCUAAAUCAAAGAGUCGUAGAUCAAUCUUUCCAGCAGCUCGAAAAAAUGUGAGCAUAUCUGGAAGAUCUAAUGCCUCAACAGUACAGAUUAUUGCUAGAUCAGAAUAUAAUAUCGUUGAAAUAUAUGGAAAUGCAUUGCCAAUUAAAAUUACAGAACUUUUGACCUUUAGUGAGAGAAGUUCAACUGUAUCUAUAGCAUAUUCGAAUAAUGGAUGGGCUUGGGCUGUUUGUGGACGAAAGUUAUUAAUUUGGCAAUAUCGUGGAUCUCAACGAUCAGAAAUAGACUCGUCAAAAGUUGCAAAAAAUCCAAGAAAUGUUGCAAGCCAAUGUCGUGAAUUAACUUUACCCCAUUGCGACAUUGGACAUAAAGCACGGCUUAUUAACGUAUUUGUACAAGAAGGAAGUCAAACAGCAUCAUGUUUAGCUGUAUCAACAACAGGUGAUGUGAGAUUUUGGCCAUCAAUUGCUCACGAUGGAUCAUCGAUUGAUGAAAAUGGCAUUUUGGAAGGGCAGGAAUUUGCUCAAUUGACAGGACUUUCCCCGCAAGGAUAUCUCUUAGUGACUACAACUUGUAAUCUUGUUCUGUUACAAAUUCAAGUCCAGAGUGGACGACAGAGAAUUGUUCAUCGUACCAUAAGACCGCCUUCAAGCUUCUUUGGAGGAAUUGGAAAGAAAUUUGCCAGCAUUAUUAUUGGAAUGAGUCAGCCAGACAGUGAGAAUAAGUUGAUUAAGAUUACUUAUGAAUCUAUGAAUUCACUUGAAUAUCAUGUUAAUGUCCUGUCUGAACAUUCUCUCCAACGAUGGCUAUUUUCACCAAACAGCAAUGAAAUGUUCAUCUUUGAGGAACAAGAAAUAUUCAAAAAGAUUCGAGAUCAUUUCCGGUCUAAAAUGUGGCCUAAUCGAAAUAAUCUUAAUGAGCCAAUUGAUAUGUGGCUGUUGGAUAUGCAGACAAUUGAUCGAGGAGUUAUGAUUUUAGCAGCUGGUGCGAGUCUCUCAUUAUCUCCACAAGUUUUCCUUGUUUUAAUCACAGUAAUUGCUGAAGCAGAUGGCUUCCAAAUCAAGGAUCUUCAACUUGUUAGACAUAAAAUCUUUUACAAUCAUCAGCAACAGAAUCAUUUUAUGAAGUUCAAGUUCAUCAUUUGUCGUGGAAUGGCUUACAUUUAUAGUGAUCGAGUGAUACUUCCAAUUAUCAUUCAGAAUAAUUCACCUUUACAGCCACCAACUGAUGAUAUUGAAAAGAUUGAGUUCCAUAUUCAAGAAGAUAGAUUAUUGCAUGCUGAAAAUAUUGGAAAUUUACCUCUGUUCUUCUCGAGAAUCCACGGAGUUGUUUGUGUCACGCCAUCAGAUUUUGAGCCUGAAUUCUUCAAUAACAGCAUGAAUGUGUCAGCAGCAAAUUUAUCAACUUUAGGGACACAAAAUGAUUUAAUGUUUAGUCCACAAAUGAAUGUCCAUGAGCCUGGAAAUAUUUUAUCACCAAAUACAACAAAUGCUGGAAAUCUGUCAAUGUAUGCAUUAGAUCCAGAAGAGAUUCGUGAAAAUAAUCGAGACAUUGUGAGUCAAUUGAAGGCAGCAUUCAUUUAUCAUUUAAAAAGGAACAGCUCAAUGUGUCAUCAAAUAAUUAAUGAGCUAUUUGGCAAAAGUGAUGGGAAGCAUGUUGAUAGUGAAUUAGAUAAAACUGUCAUUAGUAUAGCUAGAGACUUGGCUGAAGACUUGCCAGCAUCAGACCCAAGAUGGGAUCGUGAAGUUGUAAAUCGUAGUGCAUCAAUUGCACUUGGAAGUUCUACAUCUAUGCAAAUAAUCCAGCAAUUAAGGGAAAAGAACUUCUGUAUGAUUAAAUUUACGGAAUUCCUCCAUGGAGUUGGAUUGUGGACUAAAUUGAUGGCGAUAACAGAAAAAGGAAAUAUUAAAAGUACUGCUUGCUUAUUAUCAGAUAUAAAUGAAAAAAUAGUCACAUCAAUUGCUGUAAAAUGUCUUCAUGCUGCACAUUCAAGAAUUAUCGAUGAAGCUAUUGAGCUGAUUAUUGGAGAAAGCAAUUUAAUGGUCACAGGAAGUCUUACAUAUCAGGAUGUAUUCUAUACAAAGAUUUCUUCAAUUCAGGAAAUAUUCAGGAAGUUUGCCAUCAUUAUCGAUAAUCUCAUUCAACAGGAAGUUCCAAAUUAUCAAGUCCAAAACACAAUUAUUGAAGUCAAUACGAUUAUUCUUCAAGUUUUGACAGAAAUAUCAAAGUUCCGUGAACAAAAUAGUGGACUUUAUAAGCCAUUCAUGACAGAAACAAUAAGUUUCGAGUACCUGCCAUGGACAGCAGCUAGUGAUGAGAGUGGAUUGAGAGAUACACUUUUACAAAUGAUUCAAUUAACUUUACAACAUGGAAUAAGAUUAAAUGGCGAAGGAGAAUACAAAUUUAAACAUUAUCAGCAAAUGACUGAACUUAUUGAUUUUGUCCUUGAUGGCAGGAGGAAUUAUUUAACAAGCAUAAAGAAUAAUCAAGAGAAAUUAAAUGUCCUGCAUCAUCAAUAUGAAUCACAAAGAUUUGAUCUUAUUUUCCCAUUAGUCGAGGAUGAGCAGUAUGAACUUUCUGCAAAAUUAGCCGAAAAGUAUCUUGACUUCCAAACUCUUGUCAUUAUUUGUGACAGAACUGAGAAUCAAAAUCGAUUGGAUGAAUAUAUUGAGCGCUUUAAGGAACAAAACUUCUCUCAGUUUGCUAUUAGCUGGCACAUGAAACAGAACAAGCAAGGAGAUUUAUUUGAGAGAUUCCGAAAUAAUCAAGCUGAUUUGGCCAAAUUCCUUCACAAUCAUCCUUCACUUGCUUGGAUACAAUUAAUGUUUAAUGGAGAAUUAGGAAAGGCAUCGUCUGUUCUUAUGGAUUUAGCUAAAAAUGAAAUUGAACUUGUGGCUCGUAAGAAGAUAAUGCUGUCUCUAGCAAAAUUGUCAGCAUAUGGAGCAGAAAUGGAUAUGACUCAACAAAUCGAAACCAUCAACAGAGAAUUGCAUUUAAUUGAACAUCAGAGUCAAAUUGAGCCAGAAAUUUUAGCAGGACUUGGAUUUGACAUGAACAACGUAAGAGUUUUACAAACAGAAGAAAUGAUUGAAUUGUACAUCUCAUCAGAAUACAGAUCAUCUACAGAAGUUGAGUUUCGGAAAGCACUUGAAUUGUUAAGUUAUGUCGACGACAACAUUGAUUAUAGGAACAAGAUCUGGUAUGCGGCUAUUAAAAAAGAUAAUUGGAGUAAUAUUGAUAUGGAUUCUCCAAUCGAGAAGAUAAGUGAAACAAUCUUUUAUAAGUUAGUUGAAUUAUGUUAUAUCCUCGAUACUGAUUUGGAAACCUUUGUUCCACCUAUCGAUGUUUUUCUUACUGCUGAAGAAUUAUCUGAAGAUUUAUCAGAUGAGAAAUUUGUUUAUUUGAUUAAGUUGGCUUAUGAGUAUAUCCUUGAAACAUUUAAAUAAGCUUAAGCUUUGAAUUAUUGAGAAUUUAUUAAUAAAAAUCAUUUUUCAAAUAUAA